AUGACCACUCCCGAGUUAACUCUGGGAAAGGGUAGAUUGCCCGUCCUCGCUUUCCUCGGUCCGGAAGGAACAUACUCGCACCAGGUUGCCCAUGCUAAUUUCGCGGCUUCGGUGGAGUAUAGCCCGAGGGCAGGCAUAGCUGACGUCUAUCAUAGCGUCGGCGAAACGAUUCCUCUCGGACUGCUCCCGCAGGAAAAUACUAUCUACGGGGCGGUAACGGAGACCUAUGAUAUCCUGCGUUCCCUAGAUCUUGGUAAGACGAAAUGGAUACGCGGGGCUGUGGUUCUUCCUGUAAGCCAUUGUCUCCUUGCGAGAAAGGGGCAGAAGUUAUCAGGGAUCAAGAGAGUGUUGAGCCACGAACAGGCUCUAGGUCAGUGUGGCAAGUUUCUCUCGACGCAUCUACCCGACGCGAAGUUGGUGAAAGUGUCCUCGACGGCCCUCGCGGCUCAAAAUCUUAGCCUAUCACUGGAUGCCGGUCCAUCCAGUCUUGACUCAAAGGUGAAUACCAUGGAGUGUGCUGUCAUAGCCUCCAAGUUCUGCGAGACAAUUUUCGAUGAACUGGAAGUAUUGCACGAAGGGAUACAGAACGAAGAAGACAACUUUACGCGGUUCUACGUGCUCGCGAACCAUCCCACUUCCCCCGUACCUUUGAUCUCAAACCCAAAUCACGAAGACUCGCAAGGAAGUGGACAAGCACUCGUACGCAUCACCGUUGGACCGAUAGUGCACUCGCCAACAGCAGAGUCGACAACAUCGCCGUCCAUCUUAGAAUGCUUAGCUAUGCUACCGCACGCUGUCUCCCGCGUAGAUCGGCGACCGUCCAUACAACCUAUUCCCUUCCAAGACGUAUAUUUCGUAGAACUAUUAGAGCGGUUCGACAACUUGAAUAUAAAUGAUGGAGAUGGUAGUGACGGUCUUGAGAGGGAGGGCGAGUCGCGAUGGGCAAAGGGAGUCCAAGAUGGUGUGCGUCGAGUAAACGACGGAGGCGGGUGUGCGCAGAUUUUAGGGAUCUGGUAG